AUGAAUGGUCCUUCGUGGGCGGGGUCCUCUGCGUAUGUGCACCCUUCUCUCUUAGCAUCCCACUUGGAGGCAUUUGCGAACGCGCAUGCACCUAUCGGUUCACCCUCGACUAAUUCUCGGCCUCGUUCUGCGCCCAACACAAAUAGCUCUUCUUUAUCUACUCCUUCUCAAACCACACAUAAUGGCGGCCCCGGUGGCCCUGGCGCUGCCGCCUCUACAUCCUCUUUGUCUUCUUCUCCCCCUGCUCCACCGGAUUAUGUUGCGAAACCGUUUACCAGAAUAAAUGACCGGACGUACUUUCGCGACCCUGAAAACCCAUACCCGCUACCAUGCGAUCUUCCAGAAAUACAUCGGCAAUCUCUCCGGACGAUGACCCUUAUUCGAGUUUUCGGUACGCCGUACUGCGCGCCGCAGUUGAAAGAUAAGCGACCGAAGAAAGUGCUCGAAUUGGCGUGUGGUUCGGGUCUAUGGUCGCAUGCCUGCCACGACUAUUUUCUUGAACACGACGUCGGUAGUCCGAAAUCGCCAAAGGAUACAUCGAAGGAUGACAGUAAUACUACAUCCUUUACGGGACUUGACAUCGUCGCGAUUGCGCCGAAUCUGCGCAAAAAGGGAGUCAAUUGGCAGUUUGUCCGACACGAUAUUCGCAAGCCUACUCUACCGUUUCCGUCGGAGCACUUCGAUUUUGUAUUCAUCAAGGACGCCGGACUUUGUCAGUCUGCCACAGCGCAACAGAUAGAUCUGCUAGGUGAACCGUUGCGAGUACUCAAGCGUGGUGGUAUUCUUGAAGUUUGGGAUUCCGACCAUGUAUUCCGUGCUCUUCUACCUAAUCCUACCGCGCCGCCCAACCUAUCCAAAAAAGACCAAAAUCAUGCCGACGCCACGGCGACAUACACCAUUUCCUCCGCGACCCCGUUUGCAGCAGCACAGAACAAGUACCUGCUCAACUACAAUUCAUGGAUCGAAAAGGCAUUCGAGAAGCGCAAACUCACACCCAUGCCAUGCGCUACCAUUGGUCUUUCAUUCACAACCGAGGCCGACGCGUUCCAAAGCUCUGGCAGUCGUCGUAUCGCAAUCCCGCUUGGCGCAGAGGUGCGGUGGGAACAGACCAGUGGGCGGGGAAAGUUGAAUGCUGAUCAAUUGGCUCUGCGACACACUGCACUCACCACUACCAUCCAGAUGAUAGAGGGCAUGGAGCCGAUGUUGAUGGAGGCUAGCGGGAAGAGUCGAGACGAAUGGGACCGUUGGUGGGCAGCCAUGACCACGGACCUGUUGCAAAAGAACGGUCUUGCCAAUGGCGAGUGUCUCGAAGUCGGUGCUUGGUGGGGACAGAAGAGAUAG